GAUGCUCUUCCUCAUUCUCCAGACGACCUGCAGUCUGACUGCCUGGCUCUCCCUCUACACCUGUUUUUGCUACUGGAACAAGCACCGUACUUACGAGUGGAGUUGCCGGCUGGUCACUUUGGUGCAUGGGGUCCUCAUCACUUGCCUCUCCGGCUACAUCGCUCUUAUCGAUGGCCCCUGGCCUCUCACUCACGCAGGGACACUCAACACUCCUCUCCAGGUCCAUAUGCUGUGCCUUACCCUGGGUUACUUUCUCUUUGACCUCAGCUGGUGCAUGUACUUCCAGACGGAGGGAGGUCUCCUGCUGGCUCAUCACACACUGAGUAUAUGUGGCAUGAUGGUCGUGCUGGGGCUGGGCAAGUCGGCCACCGAAAUCAACGCCAUCAUCUUCGUCAGCGAGGUCACCAACCCGUUGCUGCAAGCCCGCUGGUUCCUGCGGGAAACCGGGCGCUACCGCGGCUUCGUGGGAGACGUGGUGGAUUGCUCCUUUGUGGUUCUCUUCAUGGUGCUGCGGAUCGGGGUGGGAGCGCAGAUCAUGUAUUCCAUGACCGUCUCGCCCAGACCCAUGUGGUUGCUGAAGGCUGGCGGCCUGGCUAUGUACGCAGUGUCCCUGGGGUUCAUGAUGGGAAUCUGCAGCUUCACUAGGAGGAAAGUUUUGAAAAAGUACCAGGCCUGGAGGAGCAGGAGCAGCGGGGACGUGCCCCUGACAACAAACGGGCGCCUAACACCUCAUUAACUUCGUGCUGACUGCACUCGGCGUGUGUCUACUGGGAAUUCUGACUUAGGCAGCCGUUCAAUCCCAGUGU